AUGUCUCGAGGAAGCAGUGCUGGAUUUGAUCGUCAUAUUACUAUCUUUUCGCCUGAGGGAAGAGUCUACCAAGUUGAAUAUGCAUUCAAAGCGAUCAAUUCGACAAAUUUGACGGCCGUUGCCGUGAAGGGUGUUGAUUGCGCUGUUGUUGCAGUCCAGAAACGCGUCCCAGACAAGCUGAUUGUGGCGGACUCUGUGACAAGCUUAUAUCAACUAACCCCAACGAUAGGAUGCGCCAUGGUUGGCAUGAUACUGAUGCUGUUGAUCUCGUACGAUGAGGAAGAAGGACCGCAGAUUUAUCGAGUGGAUCCAGCCGGAUAUUAUCGUGGGAUGCGUGGUGUUAGCGUUGGAGUGAAACAGCAACCGGCGAACAGUUUUUUGGAAAAGAAACUGAAGAAGAAAAACGAUUUCACUUACGAUGUUGCAGUACAGGUUUGCUGCUUUUGUGAUAGGUUCCGAAAAGAAAUCAUCGUUGACUUUAAAACAAGUUUCGCAAUUUUAUUUGCUUUUUUCCAGUUUUUUUUAUAACU